AUGGCCCGGCCCCCGCCGGUCACAUUCGGUUGCAUCAGCCUGCUCUGCCUGUUGCUCCCGGGCACACUGUCCCGCGGCCUGGGCGGGAGCCAAUGGCCUGCCCCACCCAGGGAGCCCCCAGCCUGGGCCCCUUCCGGUGGCCUGAAGCCGGGACACCCUGCCGUUCAGCCUGUGGUCUGGAAGCUACACCAGGCCCUCCAGCCACAGAGGAGCGCCAACCGAGCCCCUGCCACGGGUCGCCCUCUCCGGGGUGGCCCCCACCGACACCCGGGCCCCCGCAGGUCCCGAGCCCAGCUCCUGAGGGUGGGCUGUGGGCUGGGCACCUGCCAGGUGCACAACCUCGGCCACCGCCUAUGGCAGCUGGUUGGGUCAGCCGGCCCACGGGACUCAGCCCCCGUGGACCCCAGCAGCCCCCACAGCUACGGCUGAGAUGGAGCAGGACAGACCUCUGUCUGUCCCGGCCAGGAUGCCACCCCCCAACCCAGUCCCAGAGCCGCAUCUGGGCCCCCCUGCCCCCACCCAGCCCCGCGGACUUCCUACAAACACCAAUAACCAGAACAGUGUGCAGGCCCCCAAGGCAACUCCCGCCCCACCCCACACCCACCUGGUCCUGUAGCAAGCAACCUUGACCGGCUUUGGACAAGGAAGGCCGUGCACAUGUGUCGACCCCAGCAGGUCUGCAGGCAGAGUCUGGACUCAUGAAAGGGGCUUCAGAGGGGAGGGGAAGCCCAAGGAUGUGGGGCAGGAUACCCAGGGCCACGCUGGGUCAGCACAAGGUGGGCCAGUGUGGCCCCUUCCCCGCUGGUCUGGAGUCAUCAGAUUAGGCCCUGGCUUUGGGCACGCGCACUUGGCCUGUCCCAGGUGCCCAGCCUUUCCGUUCCCUGUGCCCUGGAGACUGGGAGGGCAGCAGGAAGGAGGACCCCCUGUGGUCCCCAUCCCCAGAGCCUGAGUGAGAGAGGACAGGCCAUGUCAAAGUGGAGCCCCCCCCCCCCCCCCCGCACCCCCUCCCCCCCAGCUGGAUAGCAGGGAGCCUGGGAAAAGGCCUAGAGAUUCAGGAACCACACUGGGGCCGAGCAGACGCCCCUUCCCAUCCCUCUGGGCGGGGUGGGGCUGGGUGGGGCAAGAUCUCCAGCCCAGAUAGGCCCAGUCAGAACCAUUCCACCUCAGGUGGGGUGGGGUAGUCCAACAAGGGUGGGGGCGCCACAGGCUAUACAAUCUCCCCGGCCCCACCCUGCCCUGCUCUGGGAUUUACUGGGGCAAACUGGUGGACAGCAGGAGGCUGGAGCCGGCUCGCCUAGAGUUGGGGAAGGUGGAUUGUCCUUCAAGGCUUAGAACAGGUCUUCAGCCAGUUCCCGGUGUAGGUCCACCCCGGGUAGGGCCUUUCCGUGCUGUGAUACCUGAGCCUUUGCGAGUCCCUCAUUACUGACACCCCCAUGCCAUCGGGACAUGACCCAAGGUUCAGAAAGGAAGUUUCCAUUACUUGGCAUACACUCAUGAUGGCAUUUACUCUGUCAACAUUUGCCCUCGUCCCCUUCUCAGCCACCCUGUGAGGGGAGUGCUAUCACUAUCCCGUCUCUAGAAGCAGAAACUGCGGCCACAGAGGUCGGGGAAGUGCCCACUGUCACCGCAGUGCCCUCCCACUGAACCCCUCAGAUGCCCUGCCCCCCCCAUUCCCAUCCCUGAGGGUGGGAGCGUUACCAGGACACCAUUAGGCCCUGUGGAGACAGUUCAGGCUGGUCCCUGCCCUGAAUUGCGGGUGGGAAGCAGAUCAGGGCAGGCUGCCUGGAGGAAGCCUAGGUCUGAGGAUUGCAAGGCUCCCAGGAGAGCCGAGGGUGGAGUCCACAGGAGGCACGAGUAUGGCCGGGGAAGCCCCCCCACCCCUACUCCCAAAGCAGCUGAGAGAGGCUGGAACCAGCGUGAGUGGGGGUGGAGGAGGCCAGUGGGCCAGGCCUCAGAGCCAUAUGCCUGUGGCCCCUGAAGGGUGUCAUCAGAGCAGGCAGGGGUCGCAGGGCCAGGAAGACUGGGGAGAGAAGAGAAGGGGUCUAGGAGGGUCAAAUUGGGAGAGUUAGGAGCUCCACUUGGCCGAGACUGCCCCGCCCCCGGCUGCCCCAGGCUUCCCAUACUGGGCCUGUGUGUUGUCUGGUCCUCUGUACAAGCUGUUCCUCUGCCAAGGACACCCCCACAUUGCCCCUUCCUCACUGGUCAGAGCUGCCAGACCCCCAGAAUUCCAUGCCCUUGUUGAGGAACUGCGCCAGUUUGGGGUUCAUUUUCCUCGAAGCAGGAUGGACUGUUGACCUCAAGGCAUCCCUGUGCCGGGCCAUGUGGUCGCAGCAUUGCACCUGGCAUCCACCUGGCCCCUGAGCUCCAGGCCAUGUCUGGGCCACCUACAUGAUGCUCCCUGAUGCCAAGCUCACCCGACUCCCGCCAGCCUUCUCCUCUGUCUCCCUCACGCAAAUCCUGUCGGCUGGUCAUUUGCUCCUUUUUCUAGUCCAAGCCGCCACCUGCUUUUGGGGUGAUGGCUCCAGCCACCUCCCUGGACCCUCCCUCCAUUCCUUCAGCAAAUGCUUGCUGAGCAUGUGAGAGAAGCAUUAGUGAAUACCCCCUCCCAACUGACACCAUAGUGGAAGGAGACGGUGAAACGGACACUUUGCCAUUUCAAAUGGGGGGCCCCAGCACUCUCCCCGUCUAUUCUCAGCACUGGCAGGAGGAGGCCAUCAUCGUAAGAGCAGCACACCCCACCCAAACGUCUUGUCUCUGAAGCUGAGUGGGUGCUGAGACCCACACGCCCGAGGGGGGGGUGUAGACUGACACCUUGACACCUUCGUCCCCUGUCCUCUCUCUCUCUGCCCCCAGAUGACCCGACCAUACUCAGCAUCCCCCCCCCCCACCUCCCAUCUUCCUCAAGUGCACCGGCCUUUCCAGUAUGAGACAAUGAUUGGUUUUGCGGUGUCUGCCUCCUACUUGGAGAACCUGUCAGCUCCUGGGCAGGCAUAUUGAUCAGUUGGGUCCUGGCUAUGUCUGCCUGACCUGGUCCAUGCCUGAUGAGUGCUAGCUGAAUUCAUCUCUACCCUGACUCCGGAUGGAGCCCCUCGCCUCAAAAGCCAGACGAAGAUCACCACCACCCCCGUCUUGACCAACCUUUAGCCAGGCUGCUCCACUGGGCCUCACCCAGUAUUAACAAGUGUCCCCUGCCCCUGAGAUCUGAUCACCUGGCCUGCCUUUAGCAAGGAUCCCCCAACCUCUGUGUCUCCCCUUAGCAAUCUUCUGUCCAUUGGCCCCUACUCUGCUUAUUGGCAGUCAACCCCCUGCUGUCUUUGUUGGAUUCUGUCUCCUCUAUUGCAAUAGUCACGAAUAAAGUCUUUCACUCUCA